AUGGAGGAAAACGUGGCUGCGCUGAGCGGAGCAGCCCUAUCGCAGCAGAUCAAAGUUCUGUCUCGCUUUGGAUCCUAUCUCCAAGAGCGCACGUCAGGAGGAGAGCAAAAGCUACUUCUCCGGAACACAAACGUUCCUGUCAUCAUGAACACCUACUUCAGUCAGAAGGUGCUACGUGGUGAAUGCGUAGAGGGCAAAGAGAAGACACAUGGCUCUGCAAAGCAGCUUAUUAGGAAGAAUAUUGUAUCUUUGGCACAUGCAUUUAGGUUAAAUGACCCUGAUGAUCGACCCCAGGAAUCUUCAGAAAACCAGGUUGCGCGUGCCGCAGGGAGCACCCAGACCAGCACCAAGUGUGGUUCCAAAGAGCAGCCCUCGGCCCUCAGUGCCGUUAACGACUCCCUGCUGGAAAUGGUGGAAAGCCAGGGAGCCGCGGGCUGGCGGGACGUGCAGCGCUCAUAUUUCAUUUGUAGAAUUAAUACUAGAGUAGCCACAGACAAGCAUUUUUUCCUCGUAUCUCUUAACUACCAGAAAUACGGAGAAGAGCAAGGUGUGAGAAAGGAAGUGGAAAAGAGGUUAUGCCUCCUUGUCCAGGAUGCCUAUGGGAUGUUCAGUGAAGUGCAGCUGCAGUUCCUGGAUUCUGCAGAAGACGUUGGACAGUAUUGCAGGAGAUGGGAAGGAAGAUUCUGCUGCUUAGCGGGAAUGAAAGUUGUGCAGAGAGCCACAAGAGCAAGGACAUUAGGACUUUUUAGUCUGAUAGACAGCUUGUGGCCUCCAGUAGUGCCUGUAAAAGUUCCUGGACAAAGUCAAGACUCUGAAAUGAUGACAACUAGUCUUCCUCCUCCCAGCUUCUGUUAUAUUCUUGCUGUACACUCUGGUGAAAUACUUAUGAAAGUAGAUGAGGAAGAAGAGAUUUCUAAUUUGUACCAACCACCAGUUGUUCAUGGUCUAAAGGAAAUUUUUCAGAUUGACCGUUGUAAUGUAUGCUGUAGCUUUUGGGCACGGGUGCUGUAUCUACGUCUGCAGACAAAACACAAUGUUCCUGUGAAUCAAAGGGAGAUUUGGCUGUUUGUGACUGACUGCACAUUGCAAAAUGUGGUGCCUGCAGCUCCCAGCGUCGUGGCCGUGUCGGUCGCAGCAUCGUGUGUUCUGAGCACAGAGGUGGUGGAAGCCCUCGCUGUCACCUCGCGCGUCGUCUUCUUCAGGGACGCCCUGUGGGCAAAGG